GACUGACAGAUGUACAAUCAGAUUGGUGAUAGGGCGAAGGGAAAGCAACAAAUAUGCUGCUGCAGUGACUCAUUUAAAGACUGCAGCUAAAGGUAAAGACAGUGAGAACUCAACAGCAGUUUCUAUUCGGUUUGCAUGCCAAGUCUGUUCUGGUGGAGGGAUUUUUUUGUUGUUGCUUUUUUUUAAGUAAUCGAUGGAGGAAAAUGUCUGAGGGACCUCUCCAGCUGCACAUCUAAAUAUGUCCUGUGGCAUCCGAAAACCACAGCUGAGCUAAGCUUUGCUUGAGAGGAAGAUUAAUGAUCGUGUUGCUGAACAUCAUUGAAUUCAACAGAAUUGACACACCAUGACCUUGCUACCAUUCGCUGCGGGUUCUGUACCUCCAAACGCUUCCUUUUCUACUGCAUCUCCAUCAGUGUUGUCCUUCAUGUCAAGAAUCACUCCGUAUUCUUCUCCCAAUGCCACAAUUGAACCAAACUGUACGUUGGACAACGCCUCACUCCGUUUGCCGCUGGCGGUUUUCUACUCGCUCUUCUUUGUCCUGGGGCUUGUGGGGAACCUGUUCGCUCUGUGGGUGUUCCUCUUUCUCCACUCCAAGCACAACUCAGUGCGGGUGUUCCUCAUCAACUGCGCUGUGGCCGACCUGGUCCUCCUGGCGUGCCUGCCGUUCAGGGUGUUCCAUCACCUCAACGGAGACCGCUGGGUGCUGGGGACAGUGGCCUGCAGGCUGGUGGGGAACGGUUUCUACAUGAACAUGUACACAAGCAUUUUGCUGCUGGGACUCAUCAGCCUGGAUCGGUACGUGAGGCUGCGAGGGAGAGGCAGGGCUAGGAGGAGCUUGUGGGGGAGGCUCUGUGGAUAUAAGCAGCUCUGGAGCUGGGUGGUGUGUGGAACCAUAUGGAGUAUCUUUCUGAUUGGGACGAUGGUGAUGGCCGUGACAAAGGAGGACAAAGACUUCAACGGCCAGUGCUUUGAGUACAGGCAGCGCCGCAAUGUCACCUGGAAGGCUUAUCUCAAUGCAAUGUUAGUGGUGUUGUUCUGGCUGGUUUUCAUCAUGAUGGUCAUCUCCCACGCCAAAAUCGCCUCAAGGUUGCUUCAGCUGUCACAGAAGAAGCCAGAGCUUCCCAAUGCAUCCAAGUACAAAAGAACCGCCAAGAAGUCCUUCUUUGUCCUCUUUCUGUUCACUGUCUGCUUUGCGCCCUACCACAUCUUCCGUCCGGUGUACAUCCAGUCCCAAAUAAAUUCCAAUGCAUCCUGCACAUACCUGGGGAUGGUGAGCAGUAUCAACGAGAUCAUACUCCUGUUGUCCACCUUUAAUAGCUGCUUGGACCCAGUCAUGUACUUUCUGUUGUCCGGCUCAGUGCGCAGAACCGCUCUGCGGGUUCUUGGACACCGGCUCUGCAACCAUUGUCAAUAUCUUCAAGAUGUUACAGUGAACAGCUCUACCAUAGAUUACAGACGAGGGUCCGCACCGCUGGCUACACCCGGACAAGCCCUCAACAAUCCUUCACUCACACCUAGAACCAGCUUCUGUGUCAUCAACUCCACUCUCCGUCGCACAGAAGCAACUACACUUCCUCCUGCUGGUCUUCAGUGAUCGUAAGAUAGUCAAGAAGGCAGAAUGCCAAGCCACAUUGAAGCUGAAACAGAACUUUUGAUUUUUUUUAACAAUAUCUUGUUUUCUUUUGGCUGUAUAACUGUUAGAUCAUUCAUACUCGUCUUUUUAAAAGCUUUUACCCAAGAAUGUA